CACGCUGUUGGAUCAUGUCACGGCGAUGUCAUGGGACACUAGGGUGGUAUAACACUUGCCAAACACGAUCGCAGUGCUAUGCCGGCCUGCCUCCGCAAGACCAUUUCGCGUCGUGGUACCCUGCACGGGCACUUGUCGCGCCCUGGGCUCAUACCGCCUGUCCUGUCUGAACGGCAAUGUCUACUGAUACUCUUCCCGCCGCGAACACGGACGGGGCCGCACUACCACACAUGCCAGAGGACGGUCUUGCCGACAGCAAGCCAGAGGUAACGCAAGUCGUUGCGGCAGCAACCCCCACGCGCCCAGGCAGGGAUGCCUGGUUGGUGCUCGUCGGAAGCUGGCUUCUGCUCUUCACGACCUUUGGCUACACGAAUGCGUUCGGUGUCUACCAGGACCUGCUCACGACUUCCAAAACAUCCACACCGUCAAACAUCAGCUGGAUUGGUUCUACACAGCUCUUCUUCUUCAACGCGAUGGCUCUUCCCGCAGGCAGACUUCUCGACAAGGGCUACUUCAGACAAACCAUGGUCAUUGGCUCCGUCCUCUAUGUAUUCUCGUUGUUCAUGGUUUCGCUCGCUCAUGUCUCCAGCUACUAUCAAAUGUAUCUUUCCUUGGGUAUUGGCAUGGGCCUCGGCUCCGGACUACUAUACGUCCCUGCUGUCGCGAUCCAAGCCCAUUACUGGAAAGAGCGCCGCGCACUUGCCAUGGGAGCAGUGAUCACCGGCUCUUCUGUUGGCGGAAUCAUCUACCCGAUCCUGUUGAACCAGUUAUAUUUUGACAGGCAAAUCGGGUUUGGUCCGAGCGUCCGGGCGACCGCUUACCUCACGUUGGGCUUGCUCGCCCUUGCGAAUGGCCUCAUGCUGCUCGGUCUCUCUACGAGCAAUGCCAAGAGGAGCGCGCCACCGCCUCGUGCCUUCUCGCUGAAAGACGUACUAACGGAUGCGACUUACAUCGUCUCUGUUGCUGGGUUCUUCCUGGUAUUCUGGGGCCUUUUCUUCCCGUAUUUUUACUUACAGCUUUUCACGAUCUCGCAUGGACUGGAUGCGACGUUCGGGUUCUACACUGUACGUCCCGCUCUGUCAUCCAGGCAUCCGCUUCGCCUCUUACUGCCCUCGCAGCUCGCCAUCCUGAACGCCAGCUCCGUGUUCGGCCGCACGAUCCCCAACAUGCUCGCGGACUACUUUGGCCCGAUGAACGCGCUCACCGCGGUGUCUUUCGGCGCGGGCAUCCUCAUCUUGGGCCUCUUCGGAGUAUCAACCGUCGCUGGCGUCGCUGUAUUUGCCGUGCUUUACGGCUUCUUCUCGGGCGCGGUGCUCUCCUUGGUGUCGCCGACACUGGCCUCCCUGUCUCCCCACCCGAGUCAGAUCGGCGUCCGCCUCGGCCUCGCAUUCUUCAUUGGGUCCGUCUGCAACCUCACCGGCACGCCCAUUGACGGCGCCCUUCUGACCGCCGGACCGUACUACUGGUACCGCCCGAUCAUAUUCAGCGCGACUGUAAUUCUCGUCGGUGCAUUCGUUAUUGGUCUUGGGAGGACCAUGAAUGCUAGGCGGCGCGAUACGCCUUGGGUGUAAUGCGUUCGGCCGCUCGAUGCUUAGCAGCAGAGGUACCGAAAUGAUGUACAUCAUACAUUUUGGAAGUCCCGUGGGCAUCUCGAUCAUGCUCUAUAAAUACGGGGACGAAGUAGACUGCUAUGUUCCUAGUCCUUAUGUCACGUUAUUCACUCUCAGAGACGCACCAUGCGACUGCCCAGAGUACUCAGUAUAUCUUGACAGUGAGAAAUAUGGGGGAGAAAUUGGGGCGGCAAGGCGAGCGAAACCGUAACCAUGAAGCCACCGAUAGACGUCAGCUACGUGGGCUCAUGAUUUAUCAUUGCGACAGUUGAAAC